UUUCUUCAGCUCAACUUGUUCACAUAAAAUUUACAGUGGCAAAGGAAAAUGAAAAAUAGUUAUUGGAAAAUUGAGUGCUACUGCAAGCUGAAAAUGCAAUGCACAUUAAAAUAAAGAGUUUAAGCUUUAAAUUGUUCAAUUGCUGCGCAAUAUAACCCAUCGAAAUAACAUUACAAUAAGGAAAACAACAAUCUAGCUACUCCUAUCUAGAGCAAAGCAACAAAAACCACAUAACACAUUUGUAUACAAAAUGUUUGCACAAACAGAGUCAUAUAAAAACAACUUUUUGGAACACACAAAAGCUGCGCGGGAGGAGCGCGCCCUUGAGAAGCGGCGGGAAGAGGCUGCAAUUUUGUUGCAAGCUACUCUUAAGGGAUUUGUUGCCCGCAGCAAAUAUCAGAAAUGCAUAAUCAACGACUUCGACACCCUCUUUAUGGGCGGUCAUGGGGGCGAACAGGAGGAGAAGGAUACAGAGCUGCCGCCCGCUCUUAAUGUAUAUCCUGUGCUGCGUCGCUAUCUAACACAAAUCAAAUUGGAUAAAAACGAUGGGCGUAUGCGAGAUCGCCUGGAACGCAUUUGCCGCUAUAUGAUCCGCGCAAUGGAAGCCGACAAUCCAAAGAUAUCCUAUGCUGCAUUGUGUUUGCACAAGGAUCGCAGUUUGCCUUGGAUAGGACACAUCAAACAGCUUUUGGGCAAUUGCAUGCAGUUGCUGCCUGAGCUGAAGCCAGAGAAUCAUGCUGACAGCAUAUCGCUUGCUCUGUUCUUACACACUCUUAUUGUGUUCACUGCGCCCAAGAGUUGGGCUAUAUUGCGUAAUGCCCAAUUUGAACGACUGCAGCCAGCCAUGCAGAAGAUCUGUUGCAACAUCCAGGGACACUUGGUGCAUCACGGAUUCUACAAAACUAUGCGCGUUAUACUGCUUAAAGGAACUGCACGCGAAGAAUUGUCUGUCAAACCAGUGACGCUUGUGGCUAUAAUCACGCUCUGUAUGCGACCGUUGAUCGAUGGCGACUUCAGUCGCAAUUUACUUUCACAAUUUCUAAGCGAAAUACUCUCAGUGCCGGCGCUAAUUUAUCACUUGCAUCAGAGCGUUCCGCAAUGCAUUGAGCAGUUCAGCUCAAUAGCGUUGCUAAAACGUGCUCUUGGCAUAUCAGAGGACUUGCAGUGGUUCGAGGAGCUCGCUUCGAGCAUGUCGGGCACCAAAACGCUGGCUUAUUUGGGCAACAUUGUAAAUAUGUUCAAUAUAGAAAAUUUGGCAGARGCCAAGAAAUUGGCCUAUCCGUUGCUGACUGACACCGCUACAUCGCUGCUGGAACUAAUACCCAAUACAGUGACCACGAAGGGCGUGUUUACUCAGUGGCACGAACUGCUAGGCUGGCACACACCCUGCGCGGAGCCGGCACAAAAUCAGAAUGUGGCACUCAUUAAGAAACAGUUCCACAUGCUGUGGGAUCAUCGGUGCAUUAAGUUGUUGCUGGGUGACUUGCUGAAGGGAAUCAACGAAAACUACGAACGAAUCGAGUUUCACUCACCGCAGCAGCCAUCAACGAGCAAUUUGCUGCGGCGUGCGCUCGAACGCAGCUCCACACGUGGCAGUGGUUUAUUGGCCACAGCCGCUGGCAAGCAGCCGAAGGUACAAUGGCGCAAACUGGACAAUAGCGAUGUCGUUCAGGUGUCACGUAUUUGUGCCAUGUAUUAUGCAGCAUUAAGCACRCUCUCGCARAUGAAGCUGGACAUACUGACGGGCAUUUGCUACAAUGACAACGUUUUGUACGACAUUUGGUUGCUGCUAACCUCGCUGGGACCCAACUGCGGCAUGAAGGAAUAUCUGGACCUUUUGCGAUGCGAGACAUCGACA